AUGGCAAAUGGUUCAGCUUCCUCAGCGAUUAAUCCACACUUUUUUCAGCCUCUUCUUCCCGGUUUCCACAGCCACAUUAACAUUCCCGUGGCGUUCUACUCAAAGCAUAUAAAGGGAACAACCAACGAGGUGGUAAAGCUGAGAUCAGACGCUUCUGAUUUAACAUGGGAAGUGAAGAUGGACGGUCGUAGACUCACCCAUGGCUGGGAAAAGUUCGCCACCGGUCAUGCUUUCAAAGUGGGAGACAUAGUCAUUUUCAGACAUGAUGGAGAUUUGUUGUUCCAUGUCACACCUUUUGGGCCUAGUUGCUGUGAGAUUCAAUACAAUGAUGAUGAUGAUGAGAAGUAUCAUCAACAACACACAAGAGAAGCAGGAUCUUCAUCAGACAACUCUUGUUUUGUAGCCCGUGUCACCGAGUCUAAUCUAAAAAAAGAUGCACUGUUUCUUCCACAACACUUUUCAAGGUCUAAUGGUUUCGUGAAUCGUGAAAGCGAGAUCAUUCUAUUGAAUGAAGAUGGAGAACUAUGGACAUUGUUAAUGAAAUACUACAAAACAAGUGGUCAUGUUUACAUCAGACGCGGCUGGAUAAGUUUCUGUCAAGCUAACCGAAAAAGAGCCAACGAUGUAUUGACUUUCAAACUUGUGCAAACAGGGAGAAAACCUGUGCUCCAGUUGCGUGCGUCAGUGUACAACAACCGAGCUUCUACUUCAUUUUCUUCAACAAGCCAAGACAGAUUCGUGACACUAACUCUCAAACAAUACCAUCUCAAGAGCUGUAAACUGUCUCUACCGGUAGCGUUUGUGAUGGCGAAUGGUAUCAAGAACGUAAGGAAGAUAAUCCUUGUUGACAGAUACGGUGUACGAAGGACAACGAGUCUUAAACCUGAUGACAAAUAUGGAAGAAUGAGAAUGGAUAAAGAGUGUAUAAAGUUCUGUGAAGCUAAUGGAGUGAAGGUUGGUGAGUCCUUCCGGCUAGAACUCAUCAAAGAAAAAGAAGAAGACACAGCGACUCAUCUACUUAAGUUCUGCUCCAAAGUCUGA